GCCUUGACCGCGGCGGGGGCCAUGUCGGCGCCGCCCGCCCUGCAGAUCCGCGAGGCAAACGCUCACCUGGCGGCCGUGCACCGGCGUGCGGCGGAGCUGGAGGCGCGGCUGGACGCGGCGGAGCGCACGGUGCGCGCUCAGGCCGAGCGCCUGGCCCGCCACGACCAGCAGCUGCGUGCCGCCCUGGAGGAGCUCGGCCGCUCCAAGGACCGCGAGAUCGCCGCUCUCCGGGAACAGCUGCUGACCUCCGAGGCUGCUGUCCACAGCCUGCAGGCCGCCGUGCAGCAGAAAGACGAGCUCAUUCGGCAGUUGCAGCCCCGGGCCGAGAUGCUGCAGGACAUCUGUCGCCACCGGCCGCCCUUGGCUGGGUUGCUGGCUGCCCUGGCUGAGGCCGAGCGCCUGGGGCCCCUGCUGGCCAGUGACCCUGGAGGGCCCGGUCCACCUCUUGCCAACAGCCUUGGGGAGGAGGGUGGCAGGGACCACCUCCAGCCUGUGGGGUUCGGGACCACAGUGUGAGCACAGAUUCCAGAAUGGACACAGAGGGUUCCUGGCCACAAGCAGAUGCUUAGAACAGACGGAAGUAUUUUUAAACUUUGAAUCAACUACCCUCAUUGAAAAACUGGCAGCACUUACACAAAAGCCUGGAUUUCUAGCUUCAGAUUUGACCACGCUUGCCUGGAUCUGAGCUGAGGCUUUCUUACCUCUCAGGUCUGCCCCAAAGCAUCUGAGUUUGAGAUCUCUCUCUCUCUCUCUCUGGUGGGUCUGAUGGUUUCAAGUUCCAAGUAUUUUAGCUUUUCUCACCUUUUUCUUUCCUUCCCUGAUUCUUGUUCCCACUGUAUUUCCCCAUCAUUGCUGACCUUUUAUCCCAGACCAGAAUUGGGAGCCUCGAAUGUGAUGUCCUUUUGCAUCGAUUGAAAGUGGAUUUUUGAAUCCUGUAAUAUGUUUUUUUCUUAAUUCUGUCCUUCCCUCCACCUUUUACCCAGAAAGAAGAGUGGGUCAGGCACGGCUCAGGGCUGCUGAAAUGCUGGGAACACUCUGACACAGCCCUUAACCUUUUCCUGAUGGCGGCCUGCCUCAGGGCCUUUGCGCUGGCUGUUCCCUCUGCCUGGAAUGCUCUUCUGAGAUUUCCAUGUGGCUGGUUCCUUGUCCCUCAGGGCUGUCCCUCAAAUGCCACCUCCUCAAAGAGGCCUUCCCUGACCCCCUCAUCUGAAAUACUCCCUCAUUCCCAUUUUCUUUAUGGAACGUCUUACCAUCAUCCAUCUUGCCCAUCCGAGUGUAAGCUCUGAGAGGGCAGGGAUUUGUCUCUGUCUUGUUCUCUGCUUUGUCCCUGGGGCCUUGGAACUGCCUGGCACAUCCCAGGGGACCCAGUGGGAAGGGGAAGGAUCUCUGGAUCCUGUAGGGAGCCAGAGGACCCCCCAAUACAGCUGAUGAAGCCUUUGGCUGGUCUAGCUUUUGUGGCAAGCAGCCGUCUCUUUUCUACAUCCUCUAGAGAAUCUAUUUUUUUUAAACUCCUUGUUUCUACCUGGUUCUCCUUGACCCGAGACAUUAAUAAGGGUGCUUUGCUUUCCAUCAAGCUGAGGAGAGAAUCUCCUUGCCUUUCUCUGCCCAGCCUCACGGGCAGCCCUGCUUCCUCACUCAGGGAACCGUCACAGCAGAAAUAGCUGAGGGGCAGGGCCUGUGACAGCCUGGAAAGGUCAGUGGCCGUCCCCACCUUGGGACGGAGCCACCUGCCCGCCUGGCGUCUCACAAAUGCUCCCUCAGUGAGCUAACAACGGCCCCAUUUUCUCCUCUGGGUGGAUGAGCGGAGGGGAGCCUGUUUGUACGAGGGGAAGGCAGGCUGGGGCCUGUCUGUGCUCAAGAAUAAACCGGAUGGUUUUUCA